CCGGUUGCGGAUUUUGGGGGCAGUACUAAAUUCAAAUCUGCUCGGGCUAAACACACGCCUCAUUUCAGCUGCGCCACUCUGCCCCAGGUUUCUGUGCAGAGCGAGAGCAGAAAUGCACACGGGAUGCAGCAGAGAGCCACAAAGUAACUUCAGUUCAGUUUGAGGAAAUAUGACUUUGCUCAGUGGAAAUGAUGGACGCGAUAGACACCAUUGAUCCAUACAGCCGACCAGCGCGCAGGACACAAUGGAUAGUCAGCACUCUGGCUUACCAUUACGGACUGGACCGGGGAGUGGAGAACGAAAUUAUAGUUUUGGCCACCGGAUUGGAUCAGUAUCUGCAGGAGAUAUUCCACCACAUGGACUAUCAAGGUGCGGGGAAAAUCCCCGUGGAGGACUUUAACAUUUUGUGUGAAGUUUUGGGACUGAACAAAGACUCGGAGGAUACAGAAUGCGCCGACGUUUUGGACAAUUUACCCAGCGAGCUCACCUUCAGACAGUUCCACGCCAAACUGUGCGGAUACUUCAGCACUAAGGCUGGCUGCCAGUAUGAGAACGGCCGGCUGCUGGUCGGGAUGGACAGCGAGCACAUAGAGACUCAGAUCCGCUUGAGGAGCCCGCUGAAACGCCGAGAGAAGCUGUUGUCUGUGGGAGCGAGCAGCAGCCCCUCUCCUUUCCCGGAGGGGCGGCACGCCUCCGGCUGCAGGCUUGGAUCAUGCACCCGGGAGUGCUACGAGGAGAUCGUGGCCCUGGAGGAAGCGGAGGACCGGAUAACCAAACUGGAAGAUGAGAAUGCGAGUUUGAGGGAGCUGAUCGAGGACAUGCGAGCCGCACUUCAGAGCAGUGAUGCCCGCUGUUUGGCUCUGCGGGUUGGACUGUGGAAAAGCCACUCCAAACACAAAGCAGACGAAGGCUGUUUUGUGGCCCGCCAGAAACAAGCCAUCCAGAAGAAAAUGGCCAACACCAACCUGAAAAGCCUUCAGAACAUAAUCCAUGAAAUAGAACUGCUGCGUAGCUCACGGGAACGACAGGUGGAGGAAGCCAUGCGUUGUAAUCAGAGACUGGAGCAGGAACUGUGGAGCUCUAAAGAGACUGUGGCCGCUUUGGAGGACUGCAACCGGGCUCUGAAGAGGGAGCAGGUGGCUAUGAGGAGGAAGGUGGAGGAGGCCCGGCAGGCACUGCUCAGCGGACUGGGUAAAGUGAAGGAACUGGAAGCAAAGGCAAAUCAUGUGUCUGCACUGCAGAGACACAUCCUUCAGCUGGAGUCAGAGCUCCUCUACUACAGGUCAGAAGUGUCGAAACUACAACUCCCGAGCAGCGCCAGGGCAGAGCAGCAGCUGAGUGUUAGCAGCAGGCCAGGCCAGAGAUGCUGCCUGGAUACCCAGCAUGACCGCUGUUCCCCAACAGGAUGUGCUGUAACCACCCCAGACAAGAUGGAGGAGCAGCUGUUCCGCUCAGUGGAGGGCCAGGCAGCCUCAGACGAAGAGGAGGACAAGUGGACCGGAGAUCAACAGAGGCAGGUGGACGAGGUGAAGAGGAUCUUAGCCAGGCUAUCCUGCUGUGGGGAAAGGUGUGAGGACAAGGCAUUCAAGAAGUUAAUGUCUAAUUUUGGGAGCUCGAGAAGCGAAGAGAGCUGCAGCGCUGUGGUGGAGCUCCUUGAGAGGGUGACCAGGCUGCAUAAGCAGCUGGAGCUGAAGGAGAGCCAGGCAGAGAUAGACAUGGACCAGAUGAAGGACUCGCUGAUGCAGGAGCUGCAGCAGAAGGCUGAGGAGACUGAGCUGCUUCAGAUGGAGCUGCAGAUGCUGGAAACAGAGAGGGUCCGUCUGUCUCUGGUGGAGGAAAAGCUCGUGGACAUCCUGCAGCUCCUCCAGCAGCUCAGAGACCUGAACGUCUCACGGAGGUCUCUCGGGAAAAUCUUGCUCAGCACUCUGGAGUCUUGCAGUGACCCGCAGCAUGGCAAGGCCCAUAUUCUGGAGGUGCUCAACGCUCUCUAUCAUGAACUCACUGCUUGUGAGAUUUUGUCUUCUGGCAGACCUCUGGAAAAGACACACAGUCAGCAGUCUCUCGACGCCCUCAUCAUCUCCUGCUAAACAAGACUGCCUCCUGUUGGCCUCAGAAAACUCAAGCAUCUUUUUGAUGGACACAAAGCUUAACAGUGGUAAAAAAAAUGAAGCUGAUUUUUGUGUAUAGUGUAUUAUAUUGUAGCAUUUAUACUCCUCUUACCCUGUAUCUAUAAAGGGAUGUUAUUCUAGAAUUAUUGUAGCAAAAAGCUUUAUUACAUAUACAUAUGUUUUUUCAAAAGCUUUUAUUGCACAUAAAUUUUCAGGACGUAAAAACUGUUUUUGUUUGAUAUUAACUUUUCCACAACAGACAUGUAAAUGUGAAAAUACUGAAAUAAGCUCAACUUUAACAGGACAUAAAGUACUCAGCCUCUGCUGGUCAACGGGUGAACAACCUCUCUGACAGAACUUUAAAAGUAACCACAUAUAGCCCAGUGCCGUAUGUGAUGCCCUUCUUUUCAGCAUGAAAUGAGAAGGUGAUAGGCUUGCACAAAGUGUGGAGAGGAAUGCAGCCACCGGUGUGUUUUACUAUCUCAGGAGACCAGACAUGCUCUUACUUUGAAGCCCUUGGGAUGCCUUAGUGUUGGGAGAUAACAUGGCAUUAGCCACUUUGUAUCUAACUGUGUUGACAUCGUCAUUUGUGACUAUUAAGUGAUAAAUAAAAAAGCCAUUGCAAAUU